AUGUUUACAGCGCGCAGAAAGAUUCAGAAGGAGAAGGGUCAGGAGCCCGAUGAGUUCGAGGAAACCGUCGCUCAGGCCCUCUUCGAUUUGGAGGCAACCAAUCAGGAGCUGAAGAGCGACCUGCGCGAUCUCUUCAUCAACAGCGCCAAGGAGAUCGACGUGUCGAGCAGCCGCAAGGCCGUGAUCGUGCACGUGCCGUACCGCCUGCGCAAGGCGUUCCAGAAGAUCCACGCGCGCCUCGGCUCCAAGGUGGUGCGGCCGCGCACGCGCACGCUGACGGCGGUGCACGAGGCGAUCCUGGAGGACCUCGUCUUCCCCACGGAGAUCGUUGGCAAGCGCGUUCGCUUCCGGUUGGACGGCUCCCGCAUCAUGAAGGUGUACCUGGAUCCUAAGGAGCGCAACAGCACCGAGUACAAGGUGGAGACUUUCUCUGCUGCCUACAAGAAGCUCACCGGCAAGGAUGUCGUCUUCGAGUUCCCCAUCACCGAGGCUGCUGCCUAA